AGUGGAUCUGCACGCCUCCUCCCAUUGUUACUCAUCUUCUUCUUUUCCCAAACCACAUCCAGACUCUCUUCUCUCAAAACAACAUUUGAGUUCAGUUUAGCAUCUCGAGAUUCAAGAUCUGAAGACGGCCUUUGUCUUCUGUAUCACAAUUUAACCCCAGUGUUGACAGUUCCCCUUGCCCGCUCCCAUUCAUACUCCGAUCCGUACCCCGCCGCAAUGUCGACCUCUGCCCGUCGUCGUCUCAUGCGCGACUUCAAGCGUAUGCAAACCGACCCUCCUGCCGGUGUCUCAGCCUCUCCGGUAGCUGACAAUGUCAUGACCUGGAAUGCUGUUAUCAUCGGGCCUGCUGAUACUCCUUUUGAGGAUGGCACAUUCCGUCUUGUCAUGCACUUUGAAGAGCAGUACCCGAACAAGCCCCCUGGUGUUAAAUUCAUCAGCCAGAUGUUCCAUCCGAAUGUAUACGGUACGGGCGAGCUGUGCCUGGAUAUUCUGCAAAAUCGUUGGAGCCCAACGUAUGACGUGGCGGCCAUUCUCACCAGUAUUCAAAGUCUGCUUAAUGACCCAAACACAUCAUCACCUGCCAAUGUCGAGGCAUCUAAUCUCUACAAAGACAACCGGAAGGAGUACAUCAAGCGUGUGCGUGAGACUGUCGAGAAAAGCUGGGAAGACUAGGGGACCCUACAUGUGAUAUUGGCUAUUUUUCUUUAUUUUUUUAUAUUCCCUUCUCUCGGUAUGAUUUAUCUGUGGGCGUUUAUGACGAAACAAAUAUUGUCUGCUCAUGUCAAAAGGUGACAGCACACUGUCGAUGGCGGCGGACACGCCGUUGGCAUGACUUGUCCUUGGAGGAUUCACACGCCGUUUGAUGACAUGCACAGCGCGGGGUUUGGGCGCCUGGUACAUAUUCUCCCUUUGGUCUCUUUUUGUGGAUAAUCGCAUAUGUUUCAGUUGCGAGGUGCAUAAUGCAUUAGCUUAGGAUGUUUUCUGCCUCAAUUAUGCCUUGGCUUCUAUCACUGAUUACUCUUUCCCCUUGCCGUUCUGCGUCACUUUGACUUGGCUGAGAGUGUGGUUUGCUUUCGCCUCUCGAGUUUAUUAUUAUGAAUGCCGUUCACAUUUUAUCAGUGAAAAUUAAGAGGGGCCUUAUAAAGAAAAUCGCAUAACGAAUUCCACUGCUAUAAAUCGACUAGUAACUGCGGGACAAGCGACAAGAUAGUUUUCAGCCGAUGCCAAGAAGGAGACUAACGGCUCGUGUCGAAGCAUUAUUAUUUAGUAUUAUUAUGAUUUCCUUGACAACUUUACUCCUCCGAUGAAACACAAGAAACGAGAUCCC